UUUUUCUUCGUAUCCGCGGCUUUAUAAGUAUCUCUCGUUGCGAUUGCGCGUUCAAUCAUCCGAGAGACCUUUUUUCACGUUUUCCGAAACACACUUUUUUCCGUUACAUGCUUCUGCCUUUUUCACGACAAAUUUUUUUCGUUUAUUGUGUUUUUUUCAAUUCUCUUUCAAACUCAAUAAUCCUACUCCUUCAAUAACAAACCCAGCCGCACUCAACUGACGCGCCAAUAUUUUUCAUGAAAAUAACGAAAACAAUAAUCAGCUGAUUCGCCUCGACCGUACAGAGACGCUACUCUCUCACGUAUUAGAGGUUCGCCCCCCAACAAAACACUCGUUUCCAACUGCUGCGUAGCUCAAGUGUGUGCGACUUGUAUACGAGGAGUAACCUUUCGUAUAUAUCUCUAUACCUUUUCAUGCGACGUCUCAGUAUGAUUAUUCUAAUAUUCUUGAUGAAUUUACUGACCUGGCAAACAACCGAGAGCUUGAAUUUUCUACUGAUCGUCAUUGACGAUCUGAGGCCCGCACUAGGCUCCUAUGGAGACGCAAGUGCAUACACUCCCAACAUAGAUAAGUUAGCUGAAAGCAGCGUAUUAUUCAGUCAAACUUACGCACAGCAAUCUCUGUGCGCUCCGAGCAGAAAUUCUCUGCUGACGAGUCGAAGACCUGACACUCUGCGAUUGUACGAUUUUUAUAAUUAUUGGAGAGACACCGUUGGUAAUUUUACGACUCUGCCUCAGCACCUGAAAAACAAUGGUUACGUUACGAAAUCUAUCGGGAAAAUAUUUCAUCCAGGCAUUAGUUCCAAUUAUUCUGAUGACAGUCCAUACUCGUGGACGGAUAAGCCAUUUCAUCCACGAACGAAUCGUUACAAAAAUUCGCCGGUCUGUCCAGGCUUCGACGCGUCGUCGCCAGCAGCAAAUCUCGUUUGUCCAGUUUCGGUGGCUUCCAUGCCUCGUAAAACGUUGCCGGAUUUGGAAAUUCUCAAAGCUGCAAAAAUAUUCAUUAAAAAUCACACUAAUGACGAAAGACCAUUUUUCUUGGCAGUCGGUUUCGAGAAACCUCAUAUACCAUUGAAAUAUCCACAGGAAUAUUUGAACUAUCAUCCAUUAAGUAAAUUCAAUAUGGUUUACCCCUACGAAUGGCCAAAAAACGUUAGUAACGUCGCUUACAAUCCUUGGACCGACAUUCGACAACGGGAUGAUGUUCAAAAUUUACAGCUCAAAUUUCCGUGGGAAAAAAUUCCAGUCGGUUUCGCCAAAACGAUUAUACAAUCUUACUACGCCGCGGUGACUUACGUCGAUGAUCUCGUUGGCAUGCUCCUCGACGAAUUGCGAUGCUCCAAUAUUCAAAACGAUACAGUCGUCCUUUUGACCUCCGAUCAUGGUUGGUCAUUGGGAGAGCAUGCCGAAUGGGCGAAAUACAGUAAUUUCGAAGUUGCUCUACGUGUGCCACUGAUCAUUUCGAUUCCUCGCACGGAGCCGCGCGUGACAGUUAGACACGUUGGUCUAAGUGGUUUCCUUCAUCCAGUUGCGGAUUUACUGUGGGGAGAUGACGGAAGAACAAAAAAGCGAGCUGUCAAACGUGUUUUACAAAUGAAGGAAAAUUCGGCUCAUCCAGAACGUCCUAGAAACGUUCGAAGAUCGGAGUAUCGAGUUUUUAAGGACAAACGAAAUGUCGUACGGGUUGAUGCGAUGGUAGAGCUUGUUGAUAUUUUUCCCACGAUUGCCGAAAUGGCAGGAGUUCCGAUACCAAUCUGCCCAGAAUUUCGAGCCCAUUUUCACGAUGUUGACAACAGAACGUCGAUGCCUAAUCUCUGCAGCGAAGGAGUCAGCCUGAUUCCUCUUAUAAAAGCUGCGAAAGAAAACCAGGUAAUAGAUUGGAAAAGUGGAGCUUUCAGUCAAUAUCCACGACCAGGAGUAGAGCCAACAGCAAAACCAAACAGCGACAAGCCACGACUCCGAGACAUUGCUAUAAUGGGCUAUUCGCUGCGAACGAAGGAUUACCGUUAUACUGCCUGGAUACGAUUUAUCCAAGAGACAAAAAUGCCAGAUUGGAGCACGAUACUUGCUGAGGAGCUUUACGAUCACACCGUUGAUUGGAACGAAAAUUUAAAUGUCGCCAUGAAUCCACAGUUCUACGACGUUAAGGUAGAACUUCGAAAAUUAUUGCGAAGUGGUUGGAGAAAAGCUCUUCCGGAUGCGAUCUCAUUCUGAAAUAAAAAAAAAAGUGAGAAACGAAAUAGCAAAUAAAAGUACAAGAUGAUUUCAAGUUUCAUAAAAAUUCUAUGAACAUAAAAAUUACCUUACGAGAUCGCCUCACAACGAUCAUCAUCAACGGGAAUAGUCUUCCCCUUCGUAUUCUUUUUUUAUCAAUAAAUAAAGCGGAUUUAGCCACUUUGCCGAAUUUCAUUUGACAUCUAUUUCGGUAAUCCAUGUUUUUGGUUAGUUUUUAAUUGUUCUCCGUAAAUGAUCGAAAAUAAACCAAGCCUUAACGAAAAAA